GAAAUCAUCACCCGGAAGUUAUUUUGGCCAAUAGUUGCAGCAAGAUGGCGGCGUUCAUGAGGACGUCUCUUGUGUCUCUUUGCAGUAAAACAUGCUACACUUUGAAGAAGGCCGAGGUGCUGCUGGAUGUAAGACAUGCUGCCCCGCUUUUCUUACCAGUCCGAACCGUGAAGUCGGUCAAACGUCUUUAUAGAACAAUGGGGAAGAAGUCGAAGAAGGGGAAAGAGGGAUUCGUCAUACGACAGCAGUACAUUGAGAGGCCCAUUAAUAUUACCUGCACAGGGGGAAUCUUUGACCCUUACAUCCCUCCUGAAGGAGAUGCUCGUCUGUCCUCUCUGUCUAAAGAAGGCCUGAAACAACGAACUGAACAGAUCCGACAGAGUGCCGCCUCACUGCUGAUGGUUCGUAAAAUCAAACAGUAUGACCCCCAGUUCAAUCCAAAGACUUUUGGAGAAGAAGCUCAAAAUAUCUUCAUUGAGGCUCACAACUCCCUGGCAAAUUUUGACAAGGUGAAGCUUCACUCCCUGGUUACAGAGAGGUGUUAUCCUGAAAUGAUAUGGAACAACCGUUACAAGACCAUCCGCUGGAGAUUUGUUGAGUCUCUGGAACCUCCCCGAGUGGUUCACGUUCGCUGCACUGACAUGGUCUCUAAAGAUAACUUAUACGGGCAGGUGACGGUCCGAAUGCACUCCAGACAGAUUCUGGCCAUCUAUGACCGCUUUGGGAGACUGAUGCUGGGCGGCGAGGACCAGCCAAAGGAUGUCUUGGAGUACGUGGUCAUAGAGCGGCAACUUCACAACCCCUACGGCAGUUGGAGGCUACAUGGGAAAAUUGUGCCUUCCUGGGCACCAGCUAAAGAACCAAUUAUUAAGACGAUUGCCUUUCCUGGUCCACGCCUGGAGCCAUGGGAAGAGUUUGAGCCCCAGGACAAGGAAGUUCCCAAACCAGCAGUUUAGUGGUAUAAGUAGGCCACCAGGGGGUAGUGUCCACUUUAUGAAGCCACAGCAGGACCUCUUUAUCAACAGUAAUAUUAAAGUUUCUUCUGAUUGUUACAA